AUGACCUCCUCCAACCCUACAUCCGCUAUCCGAAAGUGGUGGUAUCAGUACAUCCAGGUGUCGAUCGACAACGUCUGCCUGCUCGGUGUUCAUGCUAGUAUGCAAUUUGGAGCAAACACUGGUCAAAGAUGUAGCAGAGAAUCGAAACUAUGGCGGUGGAAGUGCUGGCACACGCCUGCAAAUUUACUGGGAAACACUAUUAACUACAAUAGUCUCCUGGUUUUGAACUGCCAUACAUUAGUCGAGAAGGUAGGCGUGGAAAUUAACCCGGGGUAUGCAAUACCUGCCACCCCGACUUCCCACCAUACAGUCUCUUUUUUCCACGGUGCCUUAGAUAUUUGCAUCUGUUUGACAGUGCCAGAGAUCGGGUUCGGAGAAUUCCUUAUUUUAAAAUCAAUCCCAGCUUGGUCUUGGACGAUGUGGAAGUCGCGAACUACACUGGGCAAUGUUGUGUCAGGUGCAAAGCUUACUGCGGAUGGCGGACAUUCACCAGACUCGCUGAAGAGCUCUGUAGUCAGCGAGAAGCAGACUGCCUCUAAGGGCAGAGAGGAUGUGCAGGAGAUCCAACCAUCGAACCGAUGGGAUCCCAACCUGUCUUCGGAGAACGAGGACAUCCUUGUCGGACCUUCACAGGCCUCAGAGGAAGAGGCCAAAAUUGAGGUGAACACAUCAUUGUCCUCGGAAAAUUCUCCCUAUGAGACCGUUCAGGCAGCUGUUCGGAACACGGACGGGGACGAGGUCGCCAAUACUGUUCGCGCCUGGAUCUUGGGGAUGUUCUUCGUGACGAUUGCCAGCGGGUUGAAUAUGUACCUGAGCAUGAGCCAUUGGUCUGACGAUCCACAGGAGUCCAGCAAUAGCCAUUUCGUCCGUCGUAAUUCAAUUACUGGUGUUUCCAAUCGGUUGCUUUUGGGCAAAAGUGGUUCCCAAGCGGGUGUUCAACACAUUUGGAAUUCAAAUGGAGCUUUAACACUGCUGAUGGCCAAUGUCUCCAUCUCAUACGCUUACAGUACUGACGCGCUGAUUGCCCUGAAAGCAAAGCUUACUCUUCACUCUAAGCAGUCAGCUCACUGGAAUUGGUCUAGCAGGCUUGUUUCGUCGCUUCUUGGUCUGGUCAGUAUUGUCUCGGGCUUCCACGAUGAAUCCGCAACAUCAUUACUGACCUUCGUCGAUAGGCCAUCGGCAAUGAUCUGGCCGAGCCAAUUCUCGAAUACCUCUUUACUGUAUGCUCUUCACGACAGAAGUGCUUCGGACUCGUCCCAGACCAAUGGCUGGCGGAUCUCUCGCUUCCGGUAUUUCUUAUACGUUGCGCUUGGAUCUUUUGCAUACUACUGGAUCCCCGGUGUCUUGUGGCAGGGACUCUCUAUCUUCAGCUUCAUCACCUGGAUUAAGCCUAAUAGUAUCGUGCUAAAUCAAUUAUUUGGGGGAUUUACCGGAUUGUCCUUGCUUCCGAUCAUCUUUGAUUGGACCUAUAUCUCAAAUUACCUGAACGAUCCAUUGUUGGCUCCAGUACACGCGCUUGUGAAUACGAUGAUCGGGUUGAUCGUCUUCGUCAUAAUCCCAGCAAUUGGUAUCGUAUACUCCGGAGCUUUGUGGUCGGAUUAUCUGCCUGUAAACACAUCGACCACAUAUGACAACACGCAGAAGACCUACAAUGUAUCCAGGAUCCUCGGUCCGAACUUCACGUUCGACCUCGAGAAAUACAAGAAAUACUCCCCGAUGUUCUUGGCACCGACAUUCGCUUUGAACUACGGGCUGGGGUUUGCCGCACUCAUGGCCUCCAUUGUUCACGUCUCACUCUCCCAUGGCAAAGAGGUCUGGAACCGAUGGAAAAAUGGCAAGAACGACGCCCCAGAUAUCCACAUGAAAUUAAUGCUAAAAUAUAGGGAAUGCCCACAAUGGUGGUACGGUGCUCUCUUUGUUAUCUCUAUGGCUUUGGGAUUGUCUGCGGUCCUGGGGUAUCCGUCGCAGCUUCCUUGGUGGGGAUUCUUUGUUUCCAUUAUCAUUGCAUUGAUCUUCAUUGGAUGUACCUCGGAACUAUCUGAAAAACGUCGGCUGGACAGAAUCCAGAUCCCUACUUGCAUGAUUCUGGCGAUUACAAAUAUUACUCUCUGUUUACAGCACUAUCGUACUGGGGCAAGCGUGAGCUUUCUCUGUUACUCCACCCAAACCGUGGUCAGGCUAACAGAUAAUCCUAGCCAAACUUACACUGGUGACAUGAAGCUUGCUCACUACAUGAAAAUUCCACCUCGCACAGUCUUUUCGUGCCAAUUGGUUGCCACCAUUUGGGCUGCCUUUGUCCAAAUCGCGGUUAUGAAUUGGACUCUUGAUCAUAUCAAUCAAGUUUGCACACCGUGUCAUCGGUCCGAAUCGCAUGCUUGGUUCAGACUCGAUAUAUGGACAUUUUCAAUGGUUCUGGCUCGUCGGAGCAGGACUGCCAGUCAUUUUCUACAUCUUGGCACGAAUGUUCCCCAAGUCUCCUAUACGAAUGUUGAACGCUCCAGUCAUGCUGGGAGCCAUGAGCUGGCUGCCACCCUCUUCAGAGCCACCCCGCUGAACUUUGCGGCCUGGGUGAUUGUUGGCCUAAUCUUCAACUACUGGAUCCGGCGUCGUUGGUCCGGAUGGUGGCACCAAUACAAUUAUCUUACCGCAGCAGGUCUGGAUUCGGGGUUGAUUCUAUCAACCAUCGUCAUCUUCCUUGCUAUCACGCUCCCCAAUGUGACUGUUCCUCAGUGGUUGGGAAACACCGCGCAAUUCGCAACGGCUGUCAGUAUAAGGUCCUACAGAGAAGUACUUAUGUCGAGUUUCGCUGACACAGUAAAACGAUAG